UGGCGGCCUGACAGUCCCACGACGGCGCUCGCUUGUUCCUAAGUUAGCUUUCCGGAGGAAUUUUUCAAAUUACUAAAGAGAGGGAUCGGAGGCUUUGUUUAUUAUGUCUCUCCCGAAAACGCCCUCCACAUCGCUAAAUUCUGCAUCGAUAUCGGAGAGCAAAAAGUUAAAAGCAUCUGCAACCAAGGAAGAGGCCAGAGGGCUUCCUGCGCUAAGGGAGAAUAAAAAUAUGGUGGAUCAUUCAAAACCUCUUCCUACUUCCCUUCAGAGUGAGUUCAUUCCUGAGGAAGUUCUUCUCUCUCUGACCUGUGCAGCCAAUGCUGGUCCUUGUCCUGAAAACUUAAUGCCUCCUAAGAAAAUUAAAACCCCAAAGGGUACUCUUCCACGUCCUGCAGACCAUGUCUGGCAUCACCCCAUUCAAAGGAGUAAAUUCAAAUACCUGAUUGACCAUCCCAUCUCCCUAACAGGAGCUGGAAGGGAUAUUUCUUUUCUGUAUGAUGUUAAAUAUGUAAAAGGGGAGACUAGGGAGAAUGCAGUUUGUCCCCCAUAUUUGAACCGUUUGAUACAGUCACAUGAUGGUGUUAUUGUGCCUCAUAAGCCAAAGACACUAACAGAUACUUUGAUUCCUGAAGAAUUUCAUAUUGUGUCAAGUAUAGGAGUUUCAGGUUUGGAGUGUUAUGAUGACAAAUAUACUACUCUCCUCACAGAUAGUGAAAACAGGCUAUUGCUCUUCCCAUCCAUGAAACCAAAUAAAAGAGUAGAAGUGGUCCAGCUGAAUGAAGUGAUGGAUGCUAUGCUAGAGAGGGCUGGUGUGGAAAAUCAGGAAUAUACAGGACCAACCAAGAUGCACAAACUGCUACACAUAUUGAAAAAGGAACAAACCAUUUAUAAUACAGUGUUUCAUGAAGUUAUCCGGCAAGUUAGUGUGGACUGUGCAGAUAGGGGAGAGCUACUCUCUAAAAUCAGCCAGCAUUUUAUUGUGAUAAGGAGGUCUUUCCAAGGUCUAGGGACCACUUUCAAUGGGGAAGAUUUCUGUUGUCCUGAACCUGGCAUUUUAAAGUAUUCUCUGCUUCACAAGAUUGUUGUGAAGAUCCAAAAAUCCCCAGGUCUCGAACUCCUGAGCUCAAGCAAUCCUACCUCAGCCUCCCAAAGUGUUGGGAUUACAGGCAUGCAUCAUCUGGGACUUCUGGCAAGAUGGCGAUGGGGCAACCUGGUCUGUGAAACCCUCCGCAAAGGAGAAUGCAGAGGGUCUCAGGCUCUCUCCCUGGGGGCUGCGGACCCCAACAUCGGCAGCCUGCUCUUCACACAGAGCUUGGCUGUGCCACCACUGGGGCAUCGCAGCGGUCUGGACAGCCACUGCAGCCACAGACACAGCAGCUGCCGGUGCUGCCACGGCCUCCGUGGUGGCUAUAGCGCAUCGCGCCACCCAUGCCUGAGGUGA